AUGCCUACUGAGACCACGCCGCUUAUCACGACCGUUCAGGUUGGUGUGGUGCCGCGGCGCUAUCCACACCAGACCGUCCGGCGCUUCUGUUCCAUUGCUCUGUCCUGCUCUCUCUUGGCAGUAAUUGCUACCUUUCUCUGGACAGUGGCUUUUAACCCGCACAGCCACCCUCAUCAUCAGAGCCAUCUCACGUUCGAAGAGCUACAGGCUAUUCUGCUCGAGACCCCCAGCGGCGAGAAAGCUGGAGAAUGGAGUCAGUACUACACCUCGGGCCCUCACCUUGCGGGAAAGAACCUAUCUCAGGCCGAAUGGACACGGGACCGAUGGAAUGAGUGGGGCAUCAAGUCCGAGGUCGUGGCAUACGACACGUACAUCAACUAUCCCGUGGACCAUCGAAUUGCUUUGCUGGAGAAGUCCAAGUCCAAAGGGACGGAAACUUGGAAUGUCGCGUUUGAGGCCACCUUGGAGGAAGACAUCCUUGAGGAGGACCCAACUACGGCGCUUGAAGACCGUGUUCCCGUAUUCCAUGGAUACUCCGCCAGCGGCAACGUCACCGCUCAAUAUGUAUACGUGAAUUACGGUACCUACCAGGACUUUGAGGAUCUUGUCAAAGCCAACAUUAGCCUCGAAGGGAAGAUCGCUCUGGCGCGCUAUGGCGGAAUCUUCCGUGGGCUCAAGGUGAAGCGCGCUCAGGAGCUUGGCAUGAUCGGAACCGUCAUCUUUACGGACCCCGGCGACGAUGGCGAAAUCACGGAUGAGAAUGGAUACAAGACUUACCCCGAUGGACCGGCUCGCAACCCAAGCAGUGUCCAGCGCGGCAGCGUCCAAUUCCUCAGCAUUGCGCCUGGCGACCCUACGACGAUAGGCUAUCCCUCCAAGCCCGGUGUUCCGAGACAGCCUGUCGAUGGUAAAAUCCCGAGCAUCCCAUCUCUGCCCAUUUCCUACGCGGAGGCUAUUCCCAUUCUGAAGUCACUGAAUGGCCACGGUCCGAAAUCCACCGAGUUCAACAAGUACUGGACGCGGAACCAAGGACUUGAAUACAAGGGCGUGGAAUACAACAUCGGACCGUCUCCAGAGGGUGUUGUCCUCAACCUCUACAAUGAGCAAGAGUACACUAUCACACCUAUGUGGGAUGUGAUCGGUAUCAUCAAUGGAACCAUACCGGACGAGGUGAUUGUCGUGGGCAAUCAUCGCGAUGCCUGGAUCGCUGGUGGCGCAGGUGACCCGAACAGCGGUUCUGCCGUUAUUAAUGAAGCGAUUCGCAGCUUCGGAAAAGCCCUGGAAGCGGGCUGGAAGCCUCUCCGAACCAUCGUGUUCGCUAGCUGGGAUGGCGAAGAAUAUGGCCUCGUUGGCAGCACUGAAUGGGUUGAGGAAUAUCUUCCCUGGCUCUCAGUCGCCAACGUUGCCUAUAUCAAUGUAGAUGUUGGCGUUCGCUCUCCCGUCUUUUCGGCUUCGGCUGCGCCUAUGCUGAACAAACUGAUCUACGACGUCACGGCUAUUGUCCCUUCACCCAACCAAACCAUUCCUGGCCAAUCCGUCCGCGAUGUCUGGGAUGGCCAUAUUUCCACCAUGGGCUCUGGCAGCGAUUUCACUGCCUUCCAGGAUUUCGCAGGUAUUCCAUCUCUCGACAUGGGAUUCGGAGGCCAGUCUAAGGACUCUCCUGUCUACCAAUACCACAGCAACUAUGACAGCUACCACUGGAUGAGCGAGUUUGGCGACCCUGGCUUCGUGUACCAUAGAACCAUGGCACAGAUUCUUGCACUCGCAACGGCCAAGAUCUCGGAGACGCCGCUUGUUUCGCUGAAUGCCACAGAUUAUGCCACAGCACUCAAGGGUUACGUCACUCAGGUUGAAGAGAAGCUUGCGUCUCUCGACUCGGACGCAGAGCCUACUACAGAGACCGAAAUUGCGGAAUUCCGAGCCCGUGCGGUAGGAGCCGCUGUGAAGGGAGAUCCCGCGGCGUUCAAAUUCUCACUUGAGAAGCUCCACGCCUCCGUUGCGAAGUUCAGAGAGGCGGCUAUCGAGCUUGACGCCAAGUCCGCGAGCCUGUCCGAGAAGGCUAAUGAGCAUAUCCCAUGGUGGAAGUGGAUCACGAAACUCAAGUUGUUGCAUGCGAUCCGGUCCACCAACACCAAAUACAAGAAAAUCGAGCGUGCAUUCCUCUAUGAAGGUGGACUCGAUGGGCGAUCCUGGUUCCGUCACGUGGUAUUUGCGCCAGGCGUCUGGACCGGUUACGCCGGAGCUGUAUUUCCGGGCCUGGUCGAGAGCAUCGACAACAAGGACUUCGUGAAUGCUUUGAAGUGGGCUGAUAUCAUCGAUGGGUGUAUCAGAACGGCCACGAAGACCGUUCAGUGA